AUGGGAUGUACAGUACCUUCAUUUUCAAAUUUAACUGUUCAAUCAAAUUUUAGUUUACAAAAUUUUCUUGGAAUAUGGUACGAAAUACAAUGGCUAUCAAGUGAAUAUCAUAAUGCAUCAAGUAUAUGGAGUGAUUAUUCUCAAUCAUUUCAAUUAGAAAAUAAUGUUAGUCAACGUCUUCUUGUUUAUGGUAAAGCACGAUUUCCUAAUGCAGAACAAUGUUUUUCAUUUGGUCCAUGGUUAAUUAUUGCAAAUAAUAGUGCAAAAAUGAUUUUGCAAACUCAAGAUGUCAAUAGUAGUAAAAUACUUAAUUGGCCUUAUUAUAUAUUAAAAACUGAUUAUAAUCAUUCUGCAUUAAUUUAUGCAUGUAUGUCAGAAAAUUAUACACAAAAUGAUCCAUGUAACAAAUCAGUAUUAUGGAUAUUUAGUCGAAAAAAUUCUUUAUCAAAUGAAUAUUUAAAUGAACUUUAUAAUUAUAUUGAAAAUAUUUUAUGUGUUGAUUCAACAAAACUUGAAAUAACGCCACAAAGUGAAAGAUCAUGUUAUACAUCGUCAUCAUUAGGAUUAAAAAUAUGUCUGAUGAAUAAAUUUUUUUUUUUAAUUUUACAUAUUUUGUAUUUACUUCAAAUAUACAAAUAA